ACCAGAGUUCAAAUCCCUCCUGGCCCAGGAAGCUCCCUGGAUGACGUUGCGGCGAGCACUGCCAGUCAGGCUAAACUACCUGGCAGGGUGGUUGUGGGGAUUAAAUGAGGAGAGGGAGAACCAGUGUCUGCCGCAUUGAGGCCCUUUGAGGGAAAGGUGAGGUGAAAGUGAAACGUGGAACAAAUACAACGCAAGCCGAGCCUCGCUCCCUUCGAGAAGCGCUGGUCCUUUGCGAGUUUGCAGGGGGCUUUAAAAUAAAAUUAACAGGCGGCGCGAGAGGCCUUUAUAACGGGUUCCCGAAGUGUCACGUGUCCUGCUCCGUCCGCUCUUUCGCCGCCGGCUCGCAUUCCCUUUUCGGUAGCGGAGCGCGGACUGGCAGCGCCUCACGGAGGCCGAAGUGACGUCGGCGUGAAGGAGCCCGACAACCACACUCUCUGCCUGCUCCGUCGCCGCCGGCUUCUGCCAUGCUGUUCCGCUUCGGGGUCGUCGUGCCCGCCCGGCUAGCCGAAGGCGGCACGGCGCUGUGUGUCUCGGGUUCCCGGCCCGAGCUGGGCCAGUGGGACCCCAAGCAGGCGCUGACCAUGAAGCCCGCGAGGCCGCUGGCUCCCUUGCCCGCUCAGGAGCCGGUCCUGUGGCUCGUGGAGGCGGCGCUGCGCGAGGACGAGGCCGUGUGCACCUUCUGGUACAAAUUCCUCAGGCGGCACGAGACGGGGGACGCUGUCUGGGAAGGCAACGGGCCCCACCAUGAUCGAUGUAGUGUCUAUAACCCAAGCAAUUUGGUCGAUGGAGUUUACUGCCUCCCAAUAGGCCAUUGGAUUGAGGUUUCUGGCCAUACUGAUGAGAUGAAACAUACAACUGACUUCUAUUUUAAUAUUGCUGGACAUCAAGCUAUUCACUACUCCAGAAUUUUGCCAAAUAUAUGGUUAGGAAGUUGCCCUCGUCAAGUGGAGCAUGUGACCGUAAAGCUAAAACGAGAGUUGGGCAUUACAGCUGUAAUGAACUUCCAGACUGAAUGGGACGUUGUUCAGAAUUCCUGGGGAUGUAAUCGCUAUCCUGAACCUAUGAGUCCAGAAGUUCUCAUGAAGCUGUAUAAAGAAGAAGGCCUUGCUUAUGUCUGGAUGCCAACACCAGACAUGAGUACUGAAGGUAGAGUCCAAAUGUUGCCUCAGGCUGUCUGUCUCCUCCAUGGGCUACUGGAGAACGGGCACAAUGUCUACGUUCAUUGCAAUGCAGGCGUUGGCAGGUCCACAGCUGCAGUCUGCGGCUGGUUAAAAUAUGUGCUAGGGUGGAACUUGAGGAAAGUGCAGUAUUUUGUGGCCUCCAGGAGAGCAGCUGUCUACAUCGAUGAAGAAGCUCUGGUGCGUGCUGAGGAGGAUUUCUUUCAGAAAUUUGGACCUCUUCGCUCCUCAUGCAAGCCUUAGCAAGAAAAAGAGGACGUCGCUAGAAGUGCUGCCAAACCCAAGCAUUUGAGGAAUUGUGAAACUGGCUCCAAAAACAGGAUCACUGCCUGAGGAAACGGUGGGAUGAUGGUGAUAACGGUGAAGAAGUCUUCUGAGUCUUAUCUUUCAUAUGUUGCUUUUUCUUUCUCUCUGGAACAAUUAAGCAAAAUGGCUUCGAUUCAGCCGAAUGUGUGUGCAGCAGUCAGGGCUAUGAUUGUGCAGCUUUGUUGGAAAAGGUGUAAUCACAUUGAUUAGCUGCUUGGCACAUUGAUUAGCUGUUUGGGGAGGGGAAGCCGCUGGAAUUAAAUCCAUCUUUCCUCCUUUCCUCCACAACACCACUGUAGAUUUUGUAACAGGACUCCACAUACACAGCCCGGGCAGCUGGACCAAGAGAGGAGCUGCAAGUUUAGAACUUGAUUGUGCAUUUAGUUCCAUCAUCCAGCUAAAGACAAGCAUGUAUGUCCCCUAGCUGGAUCAGGGCAAAAUUCCUCUAAACUUCCUAGCCAAUUGGCUACCCAUACAUAAGAUUCUUAUACAAUAUCAGGCAUGGGUGAAUGAUGCAAAGAGUUAAAAGAGAAAGACUUGGGAUAGAAAGAAGUCAGAAUGGAUCGGAACACAAGCUGUUACAAACUAAAAAAUCAUUUCCCCCACACCUGGGCAGCUUGGAUUAUUUGGUCAUAUCAAAGGGAGCCUUUAGCACAGUCUUUAGCAAAUAGAAGUUGUAGUGAAAUAAAAUUUUAAAGAAAAAUAAAAAGUGGGGGUAUUACUCCUGUCUGCAUUGGCAUAUUUGUUUCUAAUGUAUGGGCAAACCUUUAUCUUAUGAUGUGUAUAAUGUUUUUAGAUUUUAACUGAUUUUUAACAGCAAUAUAUUUAUAUGACCUGAAGAAAAACCAGAGGAUAGAGAAGCCAGGAAUAUUGUUGGAAAUGAUUUCUUAAGGUCCUCAGGAAUGUCUCCUUUAUAUCUUUAUUUGAUCAUUUGCUUUUAUGUUUGGAUCAUUAUCAUGUAUUUUUGUGUAUUAAGCAUGCAUAAUGUGGUUUAUCAACAAUUAAGUAAAAAGUAAAAUAAAAAAAUAAACUUUUAAAGCUUAAGUUCUAAUCCACUUAGUAUAGUUCAAAUCCUGCAUAGGCAGGAUCCCACCCCUCACACUCACUAUUCUCUUAUAGGGCUAGUCUGCAUGGCAAAACAGUUUUCUCAUGAUGACAUUUGCUGGUUUGGAACAACAGUGGCUACGGCUCUUCGUGUGUGAGGUCAGUAGUGGGUGUGGAAAGCUUAAUCAGAGAAAGGAAAGGGAUGAGAUUGAAAGAAAGAAAAAUACAAGGAAAUUAUAGGGAAAGACGGAAAAGUAAAAGAGAAAAGAAAAUGGAUCACUGCAGGCUCCUAAAAUUGACAGUUGCAUCUGUCAGUAUUGAGCCACACUUACACCUCCACCAAAAGCCAUAUAAAAUGAUAUGUGGCACAGUGGCAAGCUUAUCUAUAGCAUCCUACUUUGCUUUUGUUUGUUUCUAAACAUAUCUUCCAGUGCACUCUAUGCCUAUGCAUCCAAUAAAAAUGUAAGUUAUGUAACUUUUGCAUAUUUAUUUUUGUUUUACGACAGCUUGGGAAAGCUAACACCUAAUUCUCUUGACUCAAGUUCCAUCUGAAUCUAAUGCCACCAUUGUUUUCACUAGGAGUUGGUGAAUUUCCUAUGUUCCAUUGUGAAAUUAUUUUAUGGCAUGACUCUCCCCUAUGUUUUGUUCUGCCAUUCCGUUCUUCUGCAUUUCCAUCUCGAUUUUCUGUCUUUCACUUAAAAAACUGGUUUGUUGAAACAUUCUGUUCCUUUCUUUUGUGUGUGUGCCCCUUUCAGUUCGUCUUGUACGCAAGUAACAGAAUACAUUAAAAUACCAGGAUUUUCCACCAGCAUCCAUUGCUAACAUGCACACUGGUUAACGGAAAAGUCCCAUCCCAGCAUUCUUUGUUCCCCAUUUAUUUAAAGGCAGAGAGACCUUGUUGUUGAUAAGCCAUGCUCUCAGUCUCAGCACACCUAUCUCCAACAUGGUUAUAACCACACUGGGCUGUUAUUACCUUUGCUUUCAUUACUGAACAAUACUGAGCCUUCAUUACAAGACUGUUGUAAGUUGCUCUGUCUCAGCUUUUUCUUCCAGUGUUGAUAGAAUUUAAGCAUUGCAGUCACCUUCAAAAGCAAACUAAUGCAUUGCUCUGCCAGUAUUUACUUUUCAUUCCCAUUCUCUUGCAUGUAAGGAAAGGAAUGGAAUUUAUUUUAAUUAUUUUAUUUUGUGUGCUGGUCUCAUGUUUUAUUUCUAAUUUUAGUUUUGUGCCAACACGUCAUUAAAUAAUUGAAACUGCACUAUUAUUGCUGGUAAAUAAAAUUUGUGCUUUUUGCA